UACCGCAAACGACAUAGAAUCCCAGCUUCGUGCUCCAUCUGUCGCAAACGGAAGUCCAAAUGUGACCGAGUCAGACCCGUCUGCGGAACAUGCAAAAAAAAAUCCAUAGCCCACCUCUGCUACUACGAGCUGGAUAAAGACAACGUAGACGACAGCGGGCUGCUAAACAGCCAUGUACACCAUCUACCAGAACAGCCCCCAGGCCCACCUCAACAUCUCCAACAUCCUCCCCCACAAUUCUUCCCCCCUCCUCCACAUUUCCAGCCAGGAGUGCAACCUCAACUUCAACCACCGCUCCACCAAAACCAGAUGGACCAACUCCACCAACACCCCCAUAAUCCACAACAACCUAUUCCACAACAGCAUAUUCAACCACAGCAUAUUACAGCACAGCAACCUGCUCCGUCGCAGCCCAUACCCCAGCAGUCUAUCCAAUCACAGCAGCUUCCCCACCUUCAAGCUAACCAAGUGGUAGACUACCAGGGCUAUCAGGGAAACGUUAACCUCAAACACCCAGACGCCAAUACUAGUAAGAAUGCCUACAACAUCUCUGCUGUUCCAGCAACUGUUUCUAGUGCCAAUUCGGUUUCUGCAUUUGCUUAUUCUCCAACAGAAAGCAAUAUUUCUAUGAGCUCAGCCAACCCCCCACUGACUCCUGGAAAAUUGCCAUCAUCUUUUUCUAAUAAUAGACUCGUUUCGAUUCCCUUGGGACCCAACUCGUCUCUACAGGUUAAUCCUGACGACACCAUGAAGGUUUUUUCCAAUGCAAGUUACGCACUUAAUCUUGAAGGGCCUCUUUGGCAAUACCAAGGAGUGUUGUCCUACAUUGGUUUAACCAAGAGUGAUCCUUUCAUCAAGAUCAUGCGGAACUACGCCAUCUUACUCUUCAAGUCUGGUGAAAUGGGCAAGUUCAUGAAGCUUGAAGCACCUAAAACGAAAAAGAGAUCAGCUCCAGGAAAGAACACUUCGCCUGGUGCCAAGAAACUGCGAAUUGAAUCAUCUUUGGCUUCAGAUUCCAUUCAUGAAUCUCCCGGUUCAUAUAUGUCUGAAUGUGAUAGCAAAAAAGAUGUGGAUGUAGACCAUGACAACAUCCUCGAGGACGACGGCUUGAUAACUACUAGAAUAGAUGUAGUAGAACAGAACAGCACAACUGACAAGGAAGAGGAAUCCGAACUUGAAUCACGCACUGAAAUUAAGACAACUGAUCCAGCUAUCAAAAAAGAACCAGAAAAGAAAACGCACAAGCGUAAGACAAAUCCUCAUGCCAUUCCGAACAUUUUGCCUGGAUUAAAAUCGCUUUAUUCGGGUAAGAAAAAUAGAAAGGAGUACUAUGAAUUGGUAGAAAAAGCCAUCAUAGGUGUUUUCCCCAGCAAGUUGAAUAUGUUCAUGCUCUUUUGUCGGUUUUUUAAGUACGUCCAUCCAUUUGCUCCCAUUAUUGACGAGAAUUCUUUAAUGAUGGAUAUCACAACAUUAUUGCAACAGUACCCUUCUUUCAACCACGGGUUUUACGACCAAGUCAUCAUUGAAUCUGACCACGACUUAACGGUGUUGGGUAUUUUCCUACUUGUUUUACGCUUGGGGUACAUGUCCUUGAUUCACAAUGAUCCAGUAAACAAUCUGUACACCAAAGAGGAACAGGGUAUGGUCCGUGAUAUGAGGCGUAUCAGCACAGCAUCUUAUCUCAAUGUUGUGGACCUAUGUUUGGCAGACGACCUUAUCUGUACUAAAUCUACUUUCAGAAAAGUUCAAAGUUUGACUCUUCUUUAUUUCUUCCGUAAAAUGUCUCCAGACGAUUGUCACGGUAUUGGUGGAACUGACUCUAACAUUUUGUUGGGAGUUGCAAUAACCCAUGCAUUUUCUAUCGGACUCAACCGGGAUCCAACAUGCUACGGCUCUCAGGAUUUAAUUAGUAAAAGAGAGCCAUUAAUUAGAAUCUGGAGGUCUCUUUGGAAUUAUUUAAUUACUUCCGAUGUUACAUCAGCAAUUCACUCGAGUACGCCGUUGAAGGUAGCUUCAACAGACGUUUUUGACGUCAAGUUGCCUCUGUAUAGUGAAGAUUCAACCGGAACCAAGAACGAUACUAUCAACAAGCUACAUACGAUUGUUGAGGGCUAUAGAAACAUUAUUAAAAAGAUGAACAACAUUCAAGAUAAACCAAAAGUUAUUGACAUUUUGAUGGAAACAAACAACUUGGAAAAGAUUUUCUUCAGUUUCUUUGGCAAGGAUUUCUUCAAGGAUUGCAUUUGCAAGCCGGCUGCUGUGCCACUGAAUGGUACCAGUCAUGAUAUCAAUUCCCUCGCACACCAGGAAAGUUACAUGAAAGUCAUCAAAUACUGUUUGUUUAUUCAGUUAAGGACAGAUCUUUCGUGCAUGUAUUACAUGAUUGCCAUCCAUUAUGAAAACGAAUACAAUGAAUCGCAAACACCAUCAAUGAAUGCUGGCAUAGAGCUUUUUAAGAUCUAUAUAAAGAGUGUCGUCCAGUUGGUUUACAUCAUGUCUUAUGUCUUGGACAAUUCUGUCGAAUUGUUCGGCAAGAACUAUGAUUACGUUUUAACCUCCAACAACGAAAGAUGUAUCAUAAAGACGCAUGCUUUCUUGACAUCAUUCUUUGUUAGAUUGUUGCAUCACAAAAUCGAUCUUACCAAGAAGGUUGCAUCUGAUCCAACUCUCCAGCCAAGAUUAGAAAUUUUGGACACAUUAUUCAUGAUGGUGUUGAUAGAAGCCGAAUUUUUCGUUGGAAACUUCAGAAAGUUGAGUAAGAAUUACAUUAAUUCAUACAAGUUGUAUGUGAUGACGUAUUUUGUUUUGAAGCAAUGUAUGGAUAACCCAAUGGCUUUCUUCGAAGCCACGAUGUACAAUCCAAAGUUUUUCCACGAAGGUACCAAUAUGCUUGAAUUUUUUACCAAUGGUGAGUUGACUUAUUUGUGUAAAUUGUGUCAAGAAUUCAGAGGUGCUAAAGAAGAACAACUGAAAAAGAAAACCUCUACCCGUCCACCUACUAAUCCUUCCAAGGAGCAUUUCAAGUAUCCAGCACCACUAAAUAAUGUGGAUGUGCCCAUCUCGUUUGACCCUUCCAAGUCGGCAAUGUCUAGUAAUGCGCUGGCGAUUAGUUCCAAUUUGCAGCAGUCGCCAGGAGACCUUAGUUCUUUUUCACAUCUGACACCAGAGUUUGGCUAUUUCAGCAACGGGCACAUUAGUACGGAAGACCUCUUGAAGUUGUUCGAAAUGUAUGGAGACUUGGACCAUUUUGAUGUCUAG